AAAAUGCGACGUAACAGGAAGUCGGACCGCUCCAGCAGGGGGAAGGAAACAAUCACAACAUCAACGUGUGAGGCCGUUUGGGUAAAACAUGACCGGUUCAAGGUUACCGUCUGCUGCGCUUUCUUUAAAACAGUUUCUACAGAGGCAGAAGGUUCUGGGGAUCUACAGAAACAUGCUGAGGACCAUACGACAGGUGCCAGAUGAGGCGGAUAGGAAGUACUUAAGAAACUGGGCCAGAGAGGAAUUCCAGACGAACAAAAACGCCACAGAUGAGGAUGCCAUCCGCAUGAUGAUCACACAGGCUACCAACCACCUGGAGGUUCUGCAGAAGUCUCUGGCACUGGCCAGAAGUUGAUGACCGUGAACACAGAGGUCCUGCUGUGGAUUCUCUUGGACUGGUUCUCAGUUCUGUCUGUACCUCAGCUAUUGGUUGAGGUAGAGACUGGUGAACUUUACUGUUGCGAUUGCUCUCUGGUGAGCUGCAUCCUGUACAGUAAUGUGGGGAUGGAGACCACCUGUGAGUCUCACUGAAACCACAUGUGCGUAUGUUGGUACUGUAUAUACUGUUCAUGUGUUAAAUAAAGAAUAACUUAUGAAACCA